AUGAUUCAGGCAGACUGGCCCGAUCGGGGCGGCGCGGGCAUGCCUGGCCACAGUUUGCUCCCCAGCAUCUUCCAAUCGAACAAUGACAAUGUCCCGCUUGUGCGCUGCUCUGAGUGA